CAGAGUAAGAGCCCAUCAGGGGGCGCUGGCCACCUGCUCAGGCGACCUUCAUCUACUCCCACACCCUGCCAGCCCCGGGGGUCACUCAUUGACCAGCUCUGUGACCGGGGCACUGGCUCCCUCAGACCUCUGGCCAGGGCAGGGGGCAGGAUCCACUGAUGAGAGCUCCUGGGGCAGGAGGCCCUUGCCCUGAAGCCCAAGAUCCAGGCCUCCCCUGGCUGCCUCUCCUGGUCCCUUCAUGCUUGGUUCUGUUAGAGGCAAGCACCUACAGGAGCCCCUGCCCCACCACGUGCGGAAUCUCCCCUGAAGCCCCCUCGCCCACGCAGGCAUCACCGCCAUGCUAGCGUCCUUCACGGUCGGGCUGUACAACACCAUCAUCACCUGGAUCUUCUGGUACUUCUUCAACUCCUUCCAGGACCGGCUGCCCUGGAGCCAGUGCCCGCUGGACCAGAACCUCACUGGCUACACGGAUGAGUGUGCGCGCAGCUCCUCCGUGGACUAAUUCUGGUACCGCCAGACGCUCAACAUAUCCACGUCUUCCGGGCUGCUCCCCACAACGUCCAUCAACGACACGGGCUCAGUGCAGUGGUGGAUCCUGCUGUGCCUCACGUGUGCCUGGAGCGUGCUCUACGUGUGCACCAUCCGCGGAAUCGAGACAACCGGCAAGGCCGUGUACAUGACUUCUACGCUACCCUACCUCGUGCUCACCAUCUUCCUGAUCCGCAGCCUGAGGCUGAAGGGCGCGGGCGCCAGCAUCGCCUUCCUCUUCACGCCCAAUGUGACUGGCCAACCGGUCACCUGGCUGGAUGCGGGUAGGCAGGUGUUCUACUCCUUCUCGCUGGCCCUCGGCGGCCUCCUCUCCUUCUCCAGCUACAACUUGAUGCAUGUGGGGUGCGAGAUGGUGGUCAUCUCCAUCAAUGGCUUCAUGUCCGUGUAAGCAGCCACAGUGAUCUACUCCAUCAUCGGCUUCUGCACCACCGAGCACUAUGAGGACUGCUUCAGCACGAACCUCCUGACCCUCAUCAACGCCUUUGACCUGCCGGAGGGCAAUGUGACCCAGGAGAACUUCGCGGAGAUGCAGCUCUGGUGGAAUGCCACAGACCCCGCAGCCUAUGCCCAGCUCACGGUCCAGAGCUGCGGCAUGAACUCCUUCCUCUCAGAGGGCAUGGAGGGCGUGGGCCUGGCCUUCAUUGUCUUCACAGAGGCCAUCACCAAGAUGCCGUGUUUGCUGUGGUCCGUGCUGUUCUUCCUCAUGCUCUUCUGCCUGAGUCUGUCGUCCAUGUUCGGGAACAUGGAGGGCAUGGCUGUGCCACUGCAGGACCUCAAGCUCAUCCCCGCCAAGUGCCCUAAGGAGCUGCUCACAGGCCUCACCUGCCUGGGGACCUACCUCCUGGCCCUCAUCUUCACACAGAACUCUGGCCAGUACUGGCUCUCCCUCCCAGACAGAUAUGCGGGCUCCAUCCCCCUGCUCAUCAUUGCAUUCUGCUAGGUGUUCGGGAUCCUCUACAUGUAUGGCAUUGAUAGAUUCAACAAGGACAUUGAGUUCAUGAUUGGGCACAAACCCAACAUCUUCUGGCAGCUCAUGUGGUUGGUUGUCAGCCCCCAGAUCAUGCUGGUCAUCUUCCUCUUCUACUUCACGGUCGAAGUCAGCAAGGAGCUGACCUACAGUGUCUGGGACCCCAGCUACGAGGAGUUCCUCAAAUCCUGGCAGGUCAGGUACCUGCCCUGGGUGUACAUGGUGGUGGUGGUCAUGGCUGGCAUGCCCAGCCUCAUCAUCCCCUGCUUCACCAUCUGCAAGCUCAUCAGGGGCCACUGCCGGCAGCCAGGGGACCAGCAGGGCCUGAUCAGCACGCAGUCCACGGCUUCCGUGAAUGGGGACCUCAAGUACUGAGGGGCCCAGCCCCAGGCUGC